CGUAAAGGAUUCGCCAUGGAUACACGCGGCGUCGACAACUGGCGAAGACGCACGAGGAGCGCGCGAGCAUGCGGCAGACAACAGACCAGGGCGCGAGCCGACGAGUCCGGCGUGCUGCGGUGUCUCAGCGUGGGAAACACGGGAGAGGAGGACCAUGACAUGGAGGAAGACAUAUGCGUCUUUAAGCAGGACAGUCUGGAGCAGAGGGUCAUGGCCCCUCGCUACAGCCUGCUGCGGGAGGUAGGGAGGGGGACGUACGGCGUGGUGUACGAGGCUGUGGCCCGGAGGUCCGGUGCUAAAGUCGCCGUGAAGAAACUACGAUGCGACGCGCCGGAAAACGUGGAGCUAGCUCUGCAGGAGUUCUGGGCGCUGGCGAGUUUGGAGAAAAGGCAUCUAAACGUGGUCCAGCUGGAGGAGUGUGUGCUGCAGAGGAAUGGCAUGGCCCAAAAAAUGAGCCAUGGGAACAAGAGGUCCAAACAGUACCUGCGUCUGGUGGAGACGUCACUAAAAGGUGAGAGACUGCUCAGCCCCCCAGAGGAGCCCUGCUACCUCUGGUUCGUCAUGGAGUUCUGCGAAGGCGGCGACCUCAACCAGUUCAUCCUGUCCCGACGGCCCGACCCGCAAACCAACAACAGCUUCAUGCUCCAGCUGACCAGCGCCAUCGCCUUCCUGCACGAGAACAACAUCGUCCACAGAGACCUCAAACCCGACAACAUUCUCAUCUCAGAGAAGUCGGGGACGCCCGUGCUCAAGGUGGCGGACUUUGGCCUGAGCAAAGUGUGCGCUGGUUUAGGAAACACCAGUGAGGGCAAAGAGGGCGAGGACAAGAACAAAAACGUCAACGUCAACAAGUUUUGGUUGUCGUCGGCGUGCGGAUCGGACUUCUACAUGGCUCCCGAGGUGUGGGAGGGUCACUACACGGCUAAGGCUGACAUAUUCGCCCUGGGGAUCAUCAUCUGGGCCAUGCUGGAGAGAAUUACUUUCAUCGACGCCGAGUCCAAGCGGGAGCUGCUGGGAACGUACGUGAGACAAGGGACAGACAUUGUGCCGGUGGGUGAGGCACUUCUAGAGAAUCCAAAGAUGGUUCUGAACAUCCCACAGAAACGCAGGUCAUGCAUGUCCGACGGAGUGAGCAAGCUGCUGCAGGACAUGCUCGCCGUCAACCCUCAGGACCGGCCCGACGCUUUUGAGCUGCAGGCCAGAAUGGACCAGGUCACAUGUGCUGCAUGACGCUCAACCACAUUGAUUUACAGAUACGUGUUGGUACCUGGAGCUGCUACAUCACAGAGGGUUUCCCCAUUUUAAUCUGAAGACUGUGAAGAUAAAGGAGAAGUGAGGAAAGCAGUUAAACCUGCAGUUUGGAUGCUGAAAUGGGAUUUUUUUUUUUGUAGUUUUCUUUGAACUUGUUUACAGUGAGGUCACCUGCCAAUCAUGAUACAGAAUGUUUCUCGCCCCGAAUAUUGUAACAAAAAAAACAAAAAAAACCCUUACGUCUUAUGAAAGUGACGUAGCCAACUCCUCCAUCAAAUGUCUGGAGAAGUUCCCAUCAGAAAACACACACAUGACAUCAUGCUGAACUAAAGGGACUGUUUGCUGAUUUGGCUCCACAUAGGAAUCUGUCUUUACUGCAGCAAGCUAAUCUUGUAGCUCUGGUUGGUUUUCAAUGUUCACAAUUUUCACAUCCUGCACUUUGAUCAUAUUCAAUGAAACACUGUGACAUCACACACACACACACACACACACAAACAA